CCCCCCCCCCUUUUUCUGUUUGCUCGUCGCUUUUUUCAGCAUCAGAGUGGGAUGUAGCGCACAGCUUCUCCUCGCGCUCCAGUUUAUUUUCAGUAAAUGAUGGAAGCCAGUCUGCCUGAAGCCGUUUGGAUGGAGAGGAUUUCUUAUGAAUGAGAAGCACAACAUUUACUGGGAGUUUGUAUUAAUGUUUGCAGUGGAAUGGGACUCAAUCAUUUCCUGUGUCUGCUGCUCUGUGCAGCAGCACUGACCGUUUCGGGAGUUUUUGGUAAAGAUGAGAACAGCGAGGCGAACAGGUGGGCCAGGCAGAGCCUCCCGGUGCUGCUGGACACACACACUGAGCCUUUAGACACCCCUUUGUUCAGAGGGCAGCAGGAGCAUGAGGAGAGAGGAGCGACAAGGACACUGUGUGGAAUAGAGUGUCAAAGCAGCCUACCACCUAUGGACCAGACUGAGCAAGAGAGGAUUCUGGGAUAUGAGACAGUGUAUGAGAAUGGCACUCGCACACAUACAGAUGUCAGUUUGCAGGCUUUCAACAAGACGUCUGCAGGAACACCGGCCCACUCAGCAGCUCGCACCCGCAGGAAACGGCAGGUUUAUGGAGCAGAUGGACGCUUUGUGAUCUCUGACUCGCAUUUCAUCACCAACUAUCCUUUCUCUACCGCUGUCCGUCUCUCCACUGGCUGCUCUGGAGUCCUGAUAUCCCAGAAACACGUGCUAACAGCGGCGCAAUGCAUCCAUGAUGGGAGGGACUACCUAGGGAGUGCCAGAAAGCUUAGAGUAGGGGUGUUGCAGCUCAAGACUAAAAGUAGAAGAAGGGGUAGGAGGAGAGGAGGGCGGCGGAUGGCUGGGAGGAAAAAAGAGGGUGAGGAGCCAGUAAUGGAGGAAGGUGAGGAGCAGAAUGGUAUAGAUAGAGAUGUAGCGACAGGGAGAAAGGGAGGCAAAGGCAGGAGGCGCAGGGGAAGAAAAGAAGGUGAGGAGGGUGUAGCUGAGUUGGAGAGAGGAGGGAAUCAAAGAAGUCUCAGCCGUAUGCGACGUAGUGCUGAACCCAGGAAGCAGCCCGUCUUCCGUUGGACACGAGUCAAACAAACCAGAAUCCCUCAAGGAUGGAUCCAAACCAAGACCUCCACCAACUCGGCGUCCGCUGACUAUGAUUACGCUCUCCUGGAGCUGAAACGGCCCCUUAAACAAAAGUACAUGGAGCUGGGAGUGGUGCCCUCUGCCACCCCACUGGCACGGAUCCACUUCUCAGGCUAUGACGCCGACAAAAGCCUGCUGGACGGGCGUGGAAACGAGAAGGUGAUUUACCGGUUUUGCUCGGUGGCAAACAGGUCUGUCGAUUUGAUGUACCAGCGCUGUGACGCGCAGCCGGGCGCCACGGGAGCAGGCGUUUAUGUUCGUCUGAGACAGGAAGUUGGAGCCGAAGGCAGGAAAGGGAAGUGGCAGCGGAGGGUGAUCGGGGUGUUUACAGGCCAUCAGUGGGUGGAGGUGGAGGGAGGGGAGCAGAGGGACUUUAAUGUUGCAGUGAGGAUUACUCCAGCCAAAUAUGCCCAGAUCUGUCACUGGAUCCAUGGAGAUCCAAGUCUCUGCAAAGAGGUUUGACUGCAAAGGGAUGGAGCUAGAAAACACAUUUGUUGUCAGUUUCAAAAAGACUCAAAGAUCCGGGCUGUGUCUUCAAAACCUUUUUUUGUUGUUGAAAGUCUCAAGAAUGGUUCAAAACUUUGUCUUGUGACUUGAAUUUAUUUUAGUAAAAAAUAGGACUUAGAAACUUUGUACAAAGAAGCUAACUUGUGUGAUUCCUGACUUCAGACUGAAGUGUUGUCAAUUAAGGACUACAAUCAUGUCUGCCCAAAAUGCACUUCCUGAAGCACUUCUGCUAAAAGCACACCUCCAAAGGUUAUGUGUCAUGGCUGCAUCACAGCUUUAUGCUUCAUGCACACCUUGUUGUAAUUAAGCCUACCCUGUUGUGUCCAACAUUACUGUAUAUAUACACCAAAUGUAUUGCAGCAUGCAAAAAGAAAGCUUAUGGAAGAUUUCCCCUACAGCUAUAAUGACAAUAUUAUUAAGUGAUGUUUUGGGGAAAUUUUAAAAAUCAUAAAUUAGUUCAUGAAGAAUAUUAUUACUAUUUACUAAUAACUAUUGUAAGACUUAGUCAAACUUAUCUAAUACUUAUUUGUAGAUGCAACAUGUUUCUAUGUGAUUAAAGUUAAUAGUUUAUUAUUGCCCCCAAAACAAACAGUACAUGCUUACCACAAUGUCAUUACAUGUUGUACAAGAGUGUGGGUAUUAGAACAGAUGUGUCUUUUACUAAUUAUCCUCCUACAUUUUCAAAAUAUGGAAAAAAAAGUGUAGCCACUUCCUCUGCCGGUCACUCCUAACUAGGAUAAUGUAGCAGGCCUCUGGAGCUGAAUAAUUAUAAAACCAUGUCUUAACACUUAAUAUCAUUCAUGCAUGGCUCUUAUUCUUAAGUGUAAGAAUAAUAACCAAAUUACUGUAAUUUCUGACACAUUUGAGACCAAAGUUUCACUUUGAGCAGCUUUAUACACACCAGCCCUGGAAUUUUGAUUGGAGUUUGUCAGGAAAAUCUAAAACCCAGGAAUGUUGCACACGUCCCUGGUUCUGGAUCGGUGGCCUGUCCUGCCAUUGAUCACUUCAUUUAGAGGACGUAGGAAAUCCUUGUGAAUGAGUGACAAAGGGCUAAAAACAUGACUAUGUGUUGGAAUUUACAUUUCAUUGUCACAUUUUCUAAACACUACAUUUGUUAGUCUAUCUCUGAAACACCUAACUUAGUAUAUACUUAUAUACUUAUAUUUACUUAGUAUAUAGUAACUGUAACAAAAAAAAAGAAAAUUAAAGAAAGAAAAAAGCCUAUUUUUUCUCCUAUGUUGCACGAUGUAGACAUUUUGCUUUCUUUACUUUUGUAUAGAUACCAUAUAUAAGUGAAACCUGUUGGUCCUCAUUUCACUUCAUGUUAAAGGACUACUGGGUCCACACAACAUAUAUAUAUGCAUUUUCUGAUGUUUACAAUAUCCUGUAUUCUCAUUUUUUAACUAAAAUUGUCAUGCCACAAACAUAUUUUCUUGUCAAAAGAAAGAAGUAAUGCUGAUGCUGAGAAGGAAUGCUGAUGUCAAAUACAAAUGUGGAUUUUUCAAACAAGAAGCCGACAAAAGCAGAAGAGUAAGCGAUAAGCCGGGAGGGUAGUUUGUAUCAGUGUAUUUGUCUUUUAUUGCAUCUCAUUUGGACUCACAUGCAGGUGGGGGUGAGGGAGAAAGAACGAUGCCAUCCAUAAUAACCCCCCCAAAAACAACACAGCCUUCAUUUGAAUACUUAGCAAACAUUAUUUAUCCACAUUAGUUUUUUUUUGUUUUUUUGUAUUUGUCUUCUUUAUUUUUCUUUCAACACUUUGUUAAUGUCACAAUGGAUUAAGAUACAGUCACUUUUGGAAAUAAACAACACACAGAACAUCCAGCGUAUACUUGAGUGCUUUACAGUGAGAGUCCUCCGGACGUCCAGUGGCAGUACACGAACGAAUGUACCGACCGCUGCUGCGCCACUCAAAGAGGACUGAGGACACAUCCCAACCACAUACACAAAUUCCUCCCUGUCCCUUUGAUUUCCACCCUAACAUUAAGUCAUCUUGUGUGGAGACCGAGACAAGGAAAAAAGUAUUCCCAGAUUGACAUGUGUCGCAUGCUACGAUGCAGUAUCACCCCCCACCAGCUGAGGGCCCAGCAGCAAACACUCGGGGCAAAGUUUCCAUUCAAUACUGCCUCUGAUUUAGGAUUGAGGGGUAUGUACAAAGAAGGCGGGGAAUUUUUUUUUUGUCUACUUUCCUCAUUUUUAGCCGUACAAUUUAACUUAACUAAAAAUAUAUGAUACAUUUUUUUUCUCAAAAUAAAGAAUAAAGAAAAUAUGUAUAAUCCAUUAUUCAAAAUAGUCUAAAAUGCAUAUGUCAAUUUGAACACAGUUCACACAUUUUAGCAUGUUUUAUACAAUCCCUAAAAAAA